CCAGCAGGCAGUGGGCACCGUGUGUGCUCCGUCAGACGUGGAACUUGCUGUCUGAAGGAAUGCAAGCUAAUUUGGCUAGGAGGGUUCGUAAGGUUAAAGCUAUCCAGUGAUUGAAUGGCUUGGGGACGCCGAGCCUCUCUUGCACGUGGCUGAUUGACAGCGUUCCUCCUGCGAUCAGAGGCUCCCCCCACCUGAGAAGGGGAGCACGGGGGCCUGUCUUUACAUCCCCAGGGAUGGGGGGGUGGGGUCCCCUCAUUCCGGAGCCUGGGCUCAGCCCCGGGGAGGGACCCUGCAGCCACCAGCCUUGCUCGGCCUCCUUGCUGUCUUCGGUCAGGUGGGGGGGGCUCGGCCUCCUUGAGGUCUUAGGUCAGGUGAGGGAGGCUCGGCCUCUUUGAGGUCUUAGGUCAGGUGAGGGAGGCGCUCUGCAAGGCCCUUAAAGCCGAGCGCUCUGGUGGAGGUGGGCAGGAGAAAGGCAUUGUCCCGGAGGGAGCAGCCGCGGCCCGGCCUCUUCCCCUCUGCCUGUAAAGCCUGGCCGUACACCCUCUUGCUGGGCGCUCCUGAAGGUGCUCUCCCAACUCCUGCCCAGCCUGGAGGGUGAGGACGCAUUUGGAUAAAGACACUGUGCCUGCCCACUGUCCUUUACCCCUGACCAUUCCAAGGCUGGUGGGUCUCCAGAGUCCCUGUCUGCCAUCCAGUUGCUGGGUGUGGAGUCUGGAGGAAGCAGCCGAAGGCAGCCCAGGUCUUGCCCAGGUGGCACUCGCUAACCGGCGGUCCUGUGGGUGCUCUCCUCAAGGCUCCGACCCUUUGCGCGGUCUGUGCCCUGGGCCAGCGGGUCGGGGCCUGGGCACCUGCCUCUGUGUGCUUGGAGUCAGGAGACAGAUUCCCUGGAAUCCCCGGGCUGCAGGUGGUGGAAGUGUCACGCCUGCCCCCAGUGGCUGCAGGAAUAAACAGGCCCUGGGUGCUGAGCAGUUAGCAGGCUGGCUCUGAUGGCCUGUAAGGCCUAUGGGGCCUGGGAAGAGGGAGUGCAGGUGUUCCUGCCUGGUCCGGGCAGGCAUCUCCACUGCCUCCCUCCAUGUGAUCACAAGAGGAGUCCAAAGGGUUGGGAGAAGGUGCCAUGGAUGAUGGUAGGAAGGGGGCUCCUGUGAUGCUGGUCUGAUUCUAAUUGGCCACCACAGUUGCUGUGCACAAUGGGGACGGAAAUGGCCUGUUUAUAUCCUCCUCAAACUGGAAAUAGGUGUGGGAUGCAGGCAGGUCCUCGGUGUUACCAGGAUGCGGAUGGGGGCCGUGGAGCUGCAGGAGGGCAGGGUGGGGCAGGCCGGGCCUCCUGGGCUCACAUUCUUAGCCUGCUUGAUGGUGAUGUGUGCUUCGCCUUUCUGUGGCUCACAUUCUCAUCCUGCUGAUGGUGAUGUGUGCUUCGCCUUUCUGUGCCCCAGUUUCCUUGUCUUUAGGAAGAGGACAGGGCUGUGGCCUCCCUCAUAGCCUGUGUGUAUGGGUAAUAUGGGUAAGGCAAUGUCCAGCAGCCUUGUAAUUGGUCAGCUUUAGCCUUUGAUCAGGCAAUCAACCAGCAAGGAAUGGCCGGAAUUUAUCCGUGGUAUUCGGAAAGGGAGGUGAGGACUCCAUUCCAAACUGCAGGAAACCAUCGCAAGUCCAGGGUCUUGUCAAAAAGAAAAGGCAGUGUCAGCACAUGGGUGAGAUGCACACAAACAUCGCGUGUCGCUAGUACAAUAAGCAUGUCUCCAGCUUGGAAACUGUCAGGAGCAAAGUGACUUUGCUGUGCUGUGAAAGCCCAGAGCGCCAUGAGACCGAAAGUGAUUGCCAAGGUGCAUGCAAAUGCGGCUGCUGUUGUGUCUGUGUUAAGCAUGUCUUCACAUGUUCUUAGAGUCUUUGAAAUUGCACAUGCAUGUCAGGCACACAGUGGUGGGGCCGUGAGGCAGCAGCCAGCUCCUCCCAAGGAGACUGCACAUGUGUAAGUUUAGAGGCUCUUCUGAAACCUACACACCGACUUCACAUAUUCCACACUUGGGUGAAUGUUCGGAGGGGUCCCACUGGCUUCCAUCAGUGGAGUCUGUAGUGUCAGCUUGCUGACCUCGGGGGCAGGGACGCAGCAGCUCAGGCUGGGCUCAGAGGGAAGAAGUGCUGGUAGGUCAGCGAUGUCUGCCCCGAGAACAGGAGUGGCAGGUGCUAGCGCAGGUGCUAUCUCUGGCUUAGCCACCUGCUGAUGCUCGACCAGCUGUCCAGUUAGCCAGGCUGGUCCCCCUCACACCUUGAUGACUCCUAGGAAGUGAUCCUGCGUCUGUGUCCACGCCAUGCGUGGGGAGUGCGUGGCAGCCCUGCAUGUAGUGGCAGAAGACGGGGAACAAUUUCAGUGUCUGUCUGAGCAGACGGAGUACUACGUUGUGUCCAUGUUGUGGAAUUCUCCGCAGCGUAAGAAACAUUGAGGUGGAUUUUUUUUUUUUGAGACAGAGUCUUGCUUCUUCGCCCAGGCUGAGGUGCAGUAACGUGAUCACAGUUGAUGCAGCCUUGUCCUCCUGGGCUCAAGGGACAGGCGGGGUCUCUAUGUGCUAACAGAGGACAGUCUCCAAGAUAUUUGAGAGGAAAGGGAACUGUGUGGAGCAGCGGGAGCGGAACAUUAUCAGGUGUGCGCAGAGUCAGGAGGGGAGUGCACAGGCUCCAUGCGAGACGCUUCCAGAAGGAGCAGAGCUGGUCUCUGGGUAGGAGGAGCCAGGGGUUCUUCCUACAAAAUUAAAAAGGUUCCAAAAGUCUUUGUAAUUAGAAAGGACAACCACAAGGACGGUGGAGGUCUUCCUGCCCAGUCUGGGCUGAGCCAGCCCCGGCAGUGAGCCUCAGAGCCCCACCCUCUUCUCUCCGGCUUCCAGGGUCCCACACAGGUUGUCAUUGGGGAGAGACUGUUCUGCUGAGAGCCCCUCACCCAGGUUUUUUCCUGGCAGCCCCAGCCCUUCCCCUACUCUCUGUGUGCUCUGGGACCCCAGUUGUUCUCCGUCCCCAGUUCUCAUCCUCACUCGCUUGCCUACCCAGUCAGGACCCCACAGUGGGGCUUUGGCAGCCUCAGACCCCAUCCUUGGUGCCUGGCUGUGCCCUGGGCCCUCCAAGCCAAGCCCCGUGUCCCCCAUCAGUCCCCACCUGCCAAAUCCAGUUUCUCUGCUCACCCGCAUGGUCCAUCGCCAUGGCCGCAGCUUCCGUGCCCCUUGGGUUCGUCUCCCUGUGGGUGCUGGGCUUGGCUCUGGGAAUCAGCCAGCCCGACCAACAGAGACACGUUGGGGCCGCCCCUCAGAGCCUGAGACCACAGGGGUGAACACGCAGAGAGGGAGUGGGAGGCCCGGGUGUCCCAGCUGCCCCAGCGGCGAGCCCAGCCAAGCCCAGCAGAAGAUCCACCGAGCUGGCCCAGAAUCAUGAGAACUAAGAAAUCACGUUUCAACCACGCGGCUCCGGGAGGUUUGUUGCGCAUUGGGUAAUGGAUGCACCCGACCGCGUUAGGAUCUUGGUCCAGCCAGCCUCUGCAGUGAGCACAGGCUUUGGUUGAGAAAGUCACCCCCACAAUGGGCACAGGACUCAUGUCCCCCAGCAGCCCCCGUUCCCCUCUUUUCCAGCUCCCCAGAGCUGGUCUCCAUUCCUGAACAUGCCCCGUGGCCUUCACACAUGCCUGUUUCCUCCAUUGGGCUGCCCUUCCCCCACCUUACCCAUGUGCUCCUGCCUAGCCUCCAGCCCAGCUGGAGGUCAACCCCAGGAGCCUCCUGGGGCUCCGCUGCCUCAUGGCAUUGAGCAGAUGCAUGCCCACGUCAGUCUUCACCCAACUGACCACCCACGCCCACUCCACCACGAGCAGAGCGGGUCGCACCUCCUCACUGUCGCCUCCACUCACCCAGGCCUAGGAUGGGCACAUCAAUGAAGCAUGCUCAGAGAUGGGAUCUCACCACCCCUCCUUGCUGCGGCCCCCAAUGCCAGCCUCUGGCUCCUCCAGAUGGAGUUGCCACCUCAUCUCUGUCCCCAGCGCCCUCACCUCGGGAGGCCUCAGGCCACCAGCUUCAGCGCUUUCCCGGUGACGUUUCUGGCGCCGGUUUACCCCUGAACCUGUAGAAACUCAGCCUCUCAGGAAAGGGUGGGGAGAACUGUAUCUCACGUUGCAGAAAAACACACAAGUCCACAUCAGGAAGCUGGGAAACAGUGUCUGCAGAAGACAGCAGUAAAUAGAGAAGAUCUUGAACGCUCCAGGCCACGGGAAUGGCUUCUUUGUUCAGCUUAGUGUUAGAGGUACACACCAGGUAGAAGAGACUCAGGUGGGCCCAUCACCAGCCCUGUCAACCCCAGACUCACUCCAGGCCUCUUUAAGGUCGCUUUGCAGAUGAUACCGUGAGUAAAUGCUGGUCUUAGAUAUUUUCAUAAACACAGACACAUAAGAAACUAUGAAUUGACAAGCUCCAGAGCAGGGGCCACGGCUGCCUGUCAGUGCAUUUCCCUCCUGUCAGGGUCUUUUGCUUUGGAUUUUAUGCUCAAAGCCCCGCGUGCACAUCAGGAGUCAAGAAGCACCAUGGGCGUAUGUGUUAGUUGUUCUCACACUGCUAUGAAGAAAUAUCUGUGACUGGGUAAUUUAUAAAGGAAAGAGGCUUAAUUAACUCACAGUUCCGAAGGGCUGGGGAGGCCUCAGGAAACAGAAUCAUGGCGGAAGGGGAAGCAAGGCACCUUCUUCACAAGGCGGCAGGAAGGAGAAGCACAAGCAGGGGAAAUGCCAGGUGCUUAUAAAACCAACAGAUCUCGUGAGAACUCACUCACCACCACGAGAACUGCAUGGGGGAAACGGCUCCCAUCCAUCCAAUUGCUUCCCACUGGCUUCCUCCCACGACACGUGGGGCUUAUGGAAACUACAAUUCAAGAUGAGAUUUGGGUGGGGACACAGCCAGACCCUAUCAGGGUGUGAGUAACCUGAGGAGUAAUGCCUCCCGCCUCCCAGAGGCGCCGUCUUGCCCUUCUCAAGGCCAAACCAAGUGGCCACUUUGGAAUGGGUUUAGGGCUGCUGACCUUACCCCGUGACCAGGGAGAACGGGUCACGGGGUAAGGUCUGUCCUCCCCGCUGCACACCUGUGCCCCCCACUCAUACCCGUCAGAGAGGCUUUCUCGGGGGUUGGAUCUGCCUCUGCUGUUGACAUGGUGAUGAUAAACACCUUGCUCACUGCUGAACCAUGCAGGAUCGUGUGACUGCUUUUCCUGCCUGGCUUUUGUUUUCCCUGGAGUUGUUGAUUGUUUUUCUUUUCGAUCACUUGUCACUAGUGUAUCUCCUCCUUGGCUCAGGUAUUCUUCCAGGUUUCAGUCUCAGGGCUGCUCUCCGUGGGCCUCCCACCAUUGGCCAAAUUCCUUAGGCACAUCGUUUUAUGGCCUCCUGAGAACAGGUGUUUGAGAUGUGCCCCUUUAAACAGAAUUCCCACACUCACUUCACUUGACUGCUCGCAUGUUAACGCCAUCUCAUUUGCUGUCCCCUCCCCUCUUCUGUCCUGUGGACACAUGUUAUUUUUGCCCUGACAAUUUGAGAAUGAGUUGUAGACUUGGUGCCCCUUUACUCCCAAAUGCUUGAGCGUGACUUUGCUGCCAACAAGGACGUGACGCUGUACAAAGAUUGAAAUGGGGGAGCUGACGUGGCAGCAGCACGGCCGUCUGCUCCAACUCACUGUGACUUCCCGGUUGUCCCAGUAAUGGCCUUUGUAGGACAUCAUUAAGGAUUACUGGAAGGACCCCGGACCAUGUCUGUUGAGUCUCUCCUGGUUGAGAACCACUUGUCCAUCUUCCUUGUCUUUGAUGACUCUGAAAGUUUUUGAAGAAUGCCGGCCAGUCAUCGAGUUGCUUUGGUUUGGGUACAAGAUGCUGGACGAGAACCACCACCUGAUCCAGUGCAUCCUGGAGUACCAGAGCAAGGGCAAGACGGCCGAGUGCACGCAGUACCAGCAGAUCCUGCACCGGAACCUGGUAUACCUGGCCACGAUCGCAGACUCCAACCAGAACAUGCAGUCGCUGCUUCCUGCCCCGCCCACGCAGAACAUGAACCUGGGCCCCGGAGCCCUGACUCAGAGCGGCUCCAGCCAGGGCCUGCACUCCCAGGGCAGCCUGAGUGACGCCAUCAGCACGGGCUUGCCACCCUCCUCCCUCCUGCAGGGCCAGAUUGGCAACGGGCCGAGCCACGUGUCCAUGCAGCAGACGGCGCCUAACACGCUGCCCACCACCUCCAUGAGCAUCUCUGGGCCCGGCUACAGCCAUGCGGGGCCCGCCUCGCAGGGCGUCCCCAUGCAGGGGCCAGGCGCCAUCGGCAACUACGUGUCUCGGACCAACAUCAACAUGCAGUCCAACCCAGUCUCCAUGAUGCAGCAACAGGCGGCCACGUCGCACUACAGCUCGGCGCAGGGCGGCAGCCAGCACUACCAGGGCCAGUCGUCCAUCGCCAUGAUGGGGCAGGGCAGCCAGGGGAGCAGCAUGAUGGGGCAGCGGCCCAUGGCGCCCUACCGGCCCUCCCAGCAAGGCUCUUCUCAGCAGUACCUGGGCCAGGAGGAAUACUAUGGCGAGCAGUACAGCCACAGCCAGGGCGCUGCGGAGCCCAUGGGCCAACAGUACUACCCCGACGGCCACGGCGAUUACGCCUACCAGCAGUCAUCCUACACGGAGCAGAGCUACGACCGGUCCUUUGAGGAGUCCACGCAGCACUACUAUGAGGGGGGAAACUCCCAGUACAGCCAGCAGCAGGCCGGGUACCAGCAGGGCGCCACGCAGCAGCAGACCUACUCCCAGCAGCAGUACCCCAGCCAGCAGAGCUACCCCGGACAGCAGCAGGGCUAUGGGCCUGCCCAGGGAGCCCCAUCGCAGUACCCCGGCUACCAGCAAGGCCAAGGCCAGCAGUACGGAAGCUACCGAGCACCGCAGACAGCGCCGUCUGCCCAGCAGCAGCGGCCCUACGGCUAUGAACAGGCAAGCUUUCUGGAUGUUUCCAGAUGUGCCCAUCCACCACACCUGUCGAGACAUAAUGAAGAUUUCUCUUAUGGCCAUGAGGAAUAAUGAGCUGGAACUAACUGGCUUCCAGGGUUCCUUCCAGAAUGUUAAGUCUCUGAGCCUGUAAGGUUUUUCAGAAUUACGUCUGUGUAUACGCUCACCUCA